CCCUCCCCCGCCCGCCCGCCCAGCCGGCGCCGCCCGCGCUGCCACACGCACCCACUCCCGCACACGCCCGCGGGUGCCCGUGGCCUCUGCAGGGGAAGGAACUGAUCAAAAUCCAAGUAGAAGAUAAAUUUUGGAAUAAGAAGAAACCUGUGUAUGCUGAAAAGAAAUCACAGAAGGAUUGUUGAGAAGAAUCUAGAGUUCAAGUUCUGGUCACGUGGUGUGGGAGAUGAAUAUUUCGAACUCAGACUGAGAAGGAAAUCUGCACAUAAAAGAUAUUCAAGGUAGGAAAAUGACUCGCCCGGCACAGGAGCAGGAGUUAUGAGCCAUGUCUCAGUGAGACCUGCGGAAUUAAGAUCAAAUGCCUGGCGAAGUCCAGCUGCACAGAGCAGCGCCGCAGCUCUUGUGAACUGUGGACAUCAGCGCCUCUCAGACUUGCUUCUCUGGCCCCAAGCACUCUGCCAGUGUUUCCUGCUCCACGAAUGGCUACUCAGAGGAAGCACUUGGUGAAAGAUUUCAAUCCUCAUAUCACCUGCUAUAUCUGUAAAGGCUAUCUCAUCAAGCCAACUACAGUAACGGAGUGCCUCCAUACCUUUUGUAAGACUUGUAUUGUUCAACACUUUGAAGACAGCAAUGACUGUCCCAGGUGUGGCAACCAAGUGCAUGAGACCAAUCCACUAGAAAUGUUAAGGCUGGAUAACACCUUAGAGGAAAUUAUAUUUAAGUUGGUGCCUGGACUUCGAGAACAGGAACUGCAGCGAGAGAUUGAGUUUUGGAAGAAAAACAAACCUCAAGAAAAUGGACAAGAUGAAAGUCCAAAAGCUGAUAAACCCAAAGUAGAUGAGGAGUGUGAUGAAAAUGAAGAAGACAAAGACUAUCACAGGAGUGACCCACAGAUCGCAAUCUGCCUCGACUGUUUACGCAACAAUGGGCAGUCAGGAGAUAAUGUUGUCAAAGGCUUAAUGAAGAAAUUUAUCCGCUGUUCUACUCGAGUGACCGUGGGAACUAUCAAAAAGUUUCUCAGCUUAAAAUUAAAACUUCCAAGUUCCUAUGAGCUGGAUGUACUAUGCAACGGAGAAAUCAUGGGGAAGGAUCACACUAUGGAAUUCAUCUAUAUGACAAGAUGGAGACUAAGAGGCGAAAACUUUCGGUGUCAGAACUGCUCAUCUUCGCAAGUCUGCUCACAGGAUGGCACUUUCUAUCAGUCUUACCCUAUGGUACUUCAGUAUCGACCUAGAAUUGACUUCGGUUAGACCAAAGGGCCAGAUCCCACUGAGAUGAAUCCUGCACUAUUUGUUUACCCAUCGACAGAUUGCACAAUGAAUGGAUGUGCCUGGAUUGGGGGGACACAGCCAGAAUUUCAGCAUGCAAAUAAGGACAUUGUCUUUCUUAAAAUUGUCAGUUGCAUCUCUGUUGUUUCUAUUAGAGCAAGCCAAGUGCCAUUCUGCUACUGAAAUGUGCAUAAGAUAUUUGUGUAUCUUAAGAGUGUGCUGCAAAUCAUAGCCAAAAUCAUGAAGUGUACAGUCAAGACUCAAAACCUAUGGAAUAUUUUUGCUUGCGUGUUAGAAAAUUUUUCUGGUCCUAAUAUUGAUUACACUAGCAAAAUGGCAGAGUGCUCAUUCAUGUGGUGUUGCAGUUUCACACACUUACUACUUUACUGAAUAUUGUUGUUUAAAUCAUAGAGUACUGUAAAAAUAACUAAGGAUUAUACCUUGACAAUAUUUUGUAUAGAAAAUAUAUUUAGAAAAGUGGUGAUUAGGCCACUACCUUUUCCUUGAUAAGGUUCUCAUGGGUCCAGGUAUAGCUCACUCAUGAGUGUGCAACAGUCCUUUUGCAGUGAAUGAAGAUUAAUUACACUGAACAAGAGAUGUAGAACAUGGUAAUUCAAAAUAGUCAUUUUAAAUCUUAAAAGUGCUAAUACUGCUUGAAAACAUUGUAGCCUUUGUGAUUGCACUUUCCAGUGGUUUCCCUGAAGUUUGGAAUUUGGGAUACUAGCUAUUUUUGAAAAAAUGGCUUCUGGUCAGAUUACAUUUCUUCUAAUAAAGUCUCCAUAAAAUGAAGGUAAAAUAAUACAAAUGUCUAUGGAACAACUAAAUUCCACUACGAAAUUAUGACCAAGGCAAAAUUUUUCAUAAUUAUUACUUUUCAUGAUAAAUAUUUCCUUUUAAGAUUGAAUGGAGGUCUAUAAUAUACUAAGACCAAAAAAAAAUAUAGCUUUAAUUACAUACUGUAUCUCUUGUGACUAUCUGGAGUUUAGAAUUCAUUACAGAAAUUUUCAUUAGUUAAAGUCACAUCAUAAAACUAUUUCCAUAAAAUUAGAGGUAAUGCAAUACUGAAGAUUAGCAGUCUGACCAAAAUAAUUCUUCAGGUCGUCUUUUUUUCCUAAGACCUGGUUGUGCUGGAUAAAAAGUGAUUGUUGCCUUAGGUAUUACAAGCAUUUGGUUCUAGUAUGGGAUGUUCCUUGGGGUUUUUGGUAAUGUUGCAGGGAGCAUAGCAAUGUGUAUGUUUUCUGUCUUCUGUUAUCUUUGCUUAAAAGUCAGUUGACUUUUUCUGAUCAGAUUCUCUGGAGAUACUUAUAGUUCAGUCAUGUUAUGUAAUUUCUACUUAGUACAUGCCUGCUAGUGUUGUAGAUAGCUAAUUACUUUCUUUAUGCCUUUUGCAUACAGCAAAAAGGAACCAAAUCAAUUUUUCACAAGCUACUGUAGAGUGAGCUGAUCAUUCUUAGAUAGACAAAGUGAAAAAUCUUUCUUGGGAUCAAAUACAAAAGAUAGAUGUAAGGCUGUAAUUCCUUUGUAAGUUUAUGUUCAUGUACAGUAGUAUGUUCUGUAGGAGAAAUAAGCAGGUUGUGGAUUAGGUCUGGCCCUUUUAAUGUUGUUAAGCAUUCUAACAUUGGUGACUCGAGGAAUCCCAUGAAGUUGGCUUGAAUCCUACCACUGCAGCCCAAAGCCCAUAUGACAUGCAGAAAUCAAGAUGCUGUCAAUAGCAGUCUGUUGAGGAACCCUGCCAUUACAGGUCAAGGUUGCACAUAUUGUGGAAUGCCAGUGGAACUGGGGAAGGAAAAUGUCUAGGAAGAAGCUGCUGCCCCCUUCUGCAGUGUGCUAGCCAGCACAGGCGCUGCUUUUCUGCCCCUUUCUGCAGUGUGCUGGCCAGCACAGGCGCUGCUUUUCUGCCCCUUUCUGCAGUGCGCUGGCCAGCACAGGCGCUGCUUUUCUGCCCCUUUCUGCAGUGCGCUGGCCAGCACAGGCGCUGCUUUUCUGCCCCUUUCUGCAGUGUGCUGGCCAGCACAGGCGCUUCUUUGCCCAGAAACAGGUAGGGGGACAUGCUGGCUGCAGGGAGCAGACAUCCUACUGCCCACCCAGCCUGUGAUGCACUACUUGACAGAAAGAAGAUGCUCCUUGUAGGGAGGGCCCUUUUCUGCAGAGUCUCUAGGGAAAAAUAGAUUCUUCUUGUAUGGAAGUCCACCUCAUGGAGCAGCCUGGAAGAGCAGAGAAUGUGUUCUGAUUGAAAAUCAUUCUUCUCUUUAGUAUAUCCAGUUGUUUUGUACAGUAGAAAUAGGAUAUUAUUUGUAAAUAUUUACAUGCACAUACUAAUUACACCUUAC